GGGAAACAAAGUUUAAUUUAUCAACUGUUUUCUAAACGAACUACUAAUUGUAUCAAUCAUCCUGACAUCUCAUGGAUCCAGAGAACUUCUCCAAAUGACUUCGUUCAUAACUUCUUCUGCUUUCUACGAUCGAUCGGUGGGAUUCAACAGACUGUGUCAACCGGAACAGCGAGUUCUCAGCGUCUAUUGACCUUUACCGAACCACAGUCACGAGAAGUCUGAUCAAACAAGUUGAAAAACGUCGAAUCUUCACGAAAAUGCCACUCCUGGAGAAUCAUCCUUAAACUUUAACAAACGCGACAUUUACAGGGAAAUAGAUAGCGAUAAAUAUCGAUGAACUCUGCUCGACACGUUUCACUAGACUUUUGGAGAUAUCCUUGAAAAUAGAAGCAACGAGAGAUUCAUGGGAGACAAAAAUAAAUGAUAAAACGUUCCUGGAACGUUCGAAGAGGAGAAAAGUGAUGGUAACGGAUUGAAAGGUUUCUGGGGACAAACGAAACAUGGAGAACCCGAGCAUAGCACUCGACUCGACAGUCAGGAGUCAGGAUUCGAGCAACUCGAAGGGCUCGAAGGACUCGAGUGCCUCGGAUUCGAAGCCUGACAGUUGCUUGGAAUCGAAACACUCGAAGGAUAUUCUGAUUUCUGAGAAACAGCAACGACACCAGCAACACCAACCACACACGCAACAGCAUCCAGACGAACGACAGAAACUCAAGAGUUCCGAAUCCAAGGAUGAUUCCAAUCUGUUCAUGUUCACCUCCUGCGGACAAUUGCUCCUCGGUGUGGUUCUGGUCGUGUUUGGAAUCCUGGUGUUGGUCCACGGCGCCUCAUUGGGCGGUUCCGGUGCAGGACUCUGGGCAGGUGUGGGUGCCCUCGUCGCAGGAGCGUUGGGUGUCGUCGCGACGCUCGCCACAUCCUCGAGCAAAGCGAAUUCCAGCUUUUCGACGGCUCACCUUGCAGCCAGCCUGAUCGCCCUUGCCCUCUCGAACAUGGCCGCCAUUACGGCCUUGACUGCCAUCGUCAGGGACUCCCAGAGGACACCGGAAGUGACCUUACUCACUAUACCGGACGAAGACGGUAACGUGGACGAGGUGGAAGGUGGCUGGGCGAGUCUUCUGGCAAGUAUCGGCCUCCUGGUGACCAGCGUGGCCGAGUUGUUGAUCUCGGGCUACAGCUGUCUGACCUUGACCCCGAAGCUCUGCGGAUGUCUCAGGGCAAGCAACGGCGACGAAGCGGGCAGCGACGGUCGACUGAAAACCCGUAACAUGGUUCACCAGUGGGUCACGGCUCAGACCCACGUGCCGAAGAGCCAGCCGAUAUACGUGGUGCAGCCUAUGCUGCAGAUGCACCCUAUGAUACAGCCGCCUUAUGGAAUGCCUGGAGCUCCUGCUAAAUUUCCUGGAGGAUUUUUACCCGCUGGGCCUAUGCCAAUGGCUGCUCCGACUUACGGUGCUGUUCCUAUGCUUCCACACAUGCCAUACGCUGGCCGUCCUCCCUCUCAAAUGAUUCGAUCGAAACAAAAACGUCAUUUGGCUAUGGAGCAGGAAGGUACAAUGGAAAGGAAGAGACACGUCGAGGGCAAGACAGACUCUGCGAAGAGAAUGUCCUCGAUAGGAGAGGAUCAAGUAGACUUAGCUCAAACGUAUACAGGAUUGGACAAAAAAAUCUCUGAGGAGUUUAUCUCGAUCGCCAUGGAUCCAGAAAGGAAGUCAAAAGCUUCCAGUAAUCAUGGCAGUGAUAUAGGUACUUCGAAAACCUGCUGAAAAUAUGCUGACUCUCUGUCAAAGUAUAUCGUGUUACGCUAAAGAAUUCUCAUUCACAUAUGUAUGCUUUUUACAUUGAAAGGAACAAGUUGUUCAGUUGUCGACACUUUAUAUACCGUUGAACUUGUACGUUUGUUUUGUUAUUAUUUACAGUCGUCGAGAUAAUCUGUAAGAUUAUUAGAGCUCGUAUUCGCUUAAGACUUUAUUUCUCAGUAACUGGAAUAUUCAUUAUACGUAUACGGACUUGCUGCUUUGACAGUCAGAAUUAUUCGAGUGUAAUUUUUUUUAAAAUAAAGAAUGGGCGGAUGUUAGGAUGUUUUUAAUUGCAAAAGAAAAGUGGCUAUGUAUAAUUUAUGUAAAGGUAAGUUAAUGUUUGAAAAGUUAAUACGUUUAUUUAUUUCUUGCGGUGUUUUGUACAUUAUUCCUUGAAAAAUGCAACUGUGUAUAGCCACAGGAAAAAGAUUCAGUCUUUAAAAAGCUAACACGCAUAUUCUUGUGUAUUUGUUAUACAAUAAUUCCAAAGGAAAACCGUAGUUAUAAUACUUCUCUUUACAUAAUGUAUAAUAAAAUAUAAAUUAACUUAAAUAAUAUAAUUAUAAAAAUUAUGUUGAAGAAAUGAAGACGAAAGAACCAAUCCUCUAAUAUAUAGUUUAAUGGUUAAGAAAUUGAUUCGUAACGUUCGUGUACUAUCCUUUUCUGUCGAUAAAUAUAUUGCCAAAGCUGUCCGAUUAAUUUUUCAAUAUACAAUGUAUUUACUUGCUGAUGAGAAAUAUUUUCAGAGGCGAUGAAAACCAAUCAGUAAAAUUUAAUUCUUCGAUUUAUUUAAAACAAGCUUUUAAUUGUUGAUAAUUAACGAGUGUAUGUAUAGGGAAACAAAUUACAAGAGAUAACCAUCAAUAUCCAUAGAUCGAUUUUACUCAAAAUUUAAUCGGAGGUUAAUAUGAGAAUAUAACAUUAAACACAAUAUCCUCCUUAUAUAUUUCAUCAUUCUUGAUUUUCGUCUUAUUUUUGGCCUGCAAAUCGCCCUCUAAGAUAUUUACUAUCAACAGAUGAAUAACCUGUAUCUAUAUAAUCUUUUCUAAGAAAGCUAUCAUGUAAUAUUCUUGCUAAAUUUGUAAAAUAUUACAUAGAAUAUCGAUAGUUUUACUUUAGAUUUAACUCUGUUUUUCUCUCAAAUCGACAAUGAUAUUGUUUACAAAUGUUAAAUGCCUUAUGGAUUUUAUAUCUUCUCUAACUACAAUGAGUGCAAAUCUCUUGCACUCGAUUCAAAGCAGUUUUGAUAAAUUAAAACGAAAAUAUUUCAUUCAAGUUGUUUAAGCUACAAAUUAUGUACAUAUUUAACAUAAAAAAAAUCUAAUACAACUCUCAAAAGAUCAUUUCACAUUGUACUAUGAAAUAAAAUCCUCCGAUACCUGACAUUACCUGAAAGAAACGCAGGGAAAGGGGGGCAUUGAAUUUGUCGCAAGGUUUUACGACAAAUGCAUAUAUCACGCUAAACUUUCGAUCAAUAGAAUGACGGAAACGUCGCAUUUUAAUGCUAUGCUACCAAUCGGAAGACUUCACUCGUUGCGACAAAUUUAAUGUCUCCGUGUGUACAUGAGCUCUUGAAUGUAAGAAUAGUGUAUUAUCAAAUAAAUUAAAAAUCAUUAAUUCUUCAAAGCAAAAUAAAAUUGAGUUACACUACUCUAAUUCUUAAAAGCUCUCAUAUUAAUAGUCGCAAGUGAAAUAAUAUAAUUAUAAAUUCGUUUGUAAUUAUUGUUUAUCUUUUCUAUUGUUUGGCCUGCAAAAUGUCACACGUAAUGUUGAUUUAAUAUCGCCAUUCAAUUGUACAGCUGUAACGUUAUUGCUCGACUUUGUGGAAAUUGUUAUGCGUUCGCGAAAAGAACGUAUCCGAGUUUUUAGAUUUCUAGACUCUAGACAGCCUAUUAGCACACCUGCCAUUACAGGUUUUGGUUCCUAUUCGCUGAAGACUAUGACGAAGGUCGACGUCGGUCAAAUCGAGGCUGAGUGAAACGGAAUAUGCUAAUGCUGCGAAGUAAAUAUUGUUUCAUUCAGUUUCAAUAUGGCUGCCGUCGAUCUUUGUCACAGUCUUCGGUCAGUAACAACCUUUGGAUGAAAGAGCUAAUAGACUGUAACUGGAGUGGAAAUAUAAACACUCGAGGACGCGUAGCAUGUGAGUACCUAUGUAUGUAUAUGUAUAACAUAUACAGUCACGAAUAAAUAAAUUGUUAAAACGAAUAUUGUUAUAAAGCGUAACAAUUAUUAGCAAACCGACAAUACGUAAGAUACAAUAUGCUCGUUUCAAUACUCAACAUCGUAUUAACGAAAUAUAAGUACUUUAUUUAUAAUCUAUAUGUACAUAUCUCCAUUCGUUAUGUACUACUUAUAAUUACGCGUAAUCACAUGUAACACAUAUUGCACAAAUCUUAAAAAAGAUGUACAACUCGUACGUUCUGUAUAAGAAAUAUAAAAAUAUUCGAUAUUUUGCAUUAAGAAUAAUCUUUGUUCGCUGUUAAAGCCAUCACUGUUUCUAUACUAAGGUAU